AUGGUUUUUGCUUUAUUGUUUUUUUAGAACUGAAAAUCAGACAAGGUUUCACAAGGUUUUCCUGUUUAAGACAGACUACAUUAUCCAUUAUGCUGGGCACUAAAAAAGGGUAAAUUGAUGUCCCAGAAUUCUCAGAUUGUUAUCCAAAGCCAUGGAGGAGUUUGUCACUUUUCUUCCUCCUCUCUACUCAUUGUCUGUCUCAUUUAGCAGUUCUUGCAUUCUCUCUGUCUGUGGUCUUCAAGACAGAUUUUUGUUGUGUUAGACAUUAACAUGACAUGACAAGUGAUUGAUCUGGUCUACUUUGAAUUGCUGCAAAUAUAGUACAGAGAUGAGGGUUGUUUCAAAGGUUUAAUUGUAGAUCAUGUAUUUUUUAUUUAUAAUUUGUAGGUAUUCUGAAUUCACCAAAAAAUGAGCAUGUUUGCUUUCAAAAAUGCUGUUCGUUUUUUUCUGCUUGUUUUUAUUUUAUUUUGUUUUAGGCUUCUCAUUCAGUCCAGCAGAUCCUCGAUACGAUUGAAUUGCCCCGUAAAUAUUGCAAAUUUUAUUUCAUGACUUUGCGUGGGUGUGAAAGAGCAAAAUGUUGGUUUUGGCAUGUUCCUGAACAAGGAGAUGAAAAGAUUUGCAUGGCAAUACUUAGGACAUACAUUAGUAUCAAAGAAUCAGGCCUUCUAAAACGUGCAGCCCAAAUAUUUGUGAAAUAUUACAGAGAAGUUACUCCCGGUGUGGAUUUUGCUUCUCAAGUGCUGAAUGAUCUUCUCAUUUCUUUGCUUGAGAACUCUUUGUUGCAGGAAGUAUUUCACCUAUUGAAUGUAACUGUACAAAUCAAUACACUGCCAGCUGUAGGUGUUCUUCUGAAAGUUUUUGAGCAUGUGGCCUCUUUGAAUAUUACAGAUGCUGUGCCUCCAUUAAUCAGUACUUUUCGUAAGCUCAUUGAUGCUGGUAUGUUCCUUGAGUUUGAACAUUUUGACCGUAUUAUUAAGGUCCUUCACCAAUUGCAAGUUUCCAGUCAGGAAAUAAACAUUGUUUUGAACAUAAAAUCCAGAUUUCAGGAAAGACAUUUUGAAAAGAACUGGCUUUUUGACUUCAACUUGGCAGUUGCUGAAAUUCAGCAUUGCAAGGAAAAAAGUGAUUGGAUGAAGCUGGGAGCUUUGUAUGUUAAUGCGAGAACUGGAUGUGAACAUUAUAAUGAUCUUCAGAAGCUGUCUUUAUGUAUUGCUGAAAUACUAACCAAAGAUUCUGAGACACACAGACCAGAAGUUCCUUUUUGUGAUUUUGCUGAUGCAGUAAUAAAAAAUCCACAACAUAAUGAAGAAGACAGAAUUUUCAUUGGAAGGAUUGGAAUAAGUGUAAUGUAUUCUUACCACAAAGUACUGCAGUGGAUAAAGGGAAGGAAGGUUUUGGAUAAAUUGUGUGAGAUGCAGAUACAUUUUACAGUCUUGAAAGGUCUUCUAGGUGCAGAGAGGUUAGCAUCAAGAUGUCAAAUUGUUAAUAAAGCUGCAGAAAUUUUUCUUAAAACUGGACAUUUGGAUGGAGCAAUGUGGGUAUUGAGAGAGUCAGAGUGGACCACAAAUGCACCAAUGUGGCCCUGUGAUAAAAUGGACAUCCUCAAUCGACAUAAUCUGCUGUGUACACUAGUGGACAAAUACCUAGGGAAGAGUUUAUACAGGCAGGCAUUUGAAGUUCUGCAGAACUUACCAGGCUUUCAAAAUCAUUCUGAUACUGUAGAUGUUUCUCAGUACAGCUGCCUUUUUAACAAGUUGAUAAAUGCCUGUUUUGAGAGCAAGAACCUUGGAGUCUCAUCUUCUGCAGUAGACUUCAUGCUUUCAAAAAAUAUAGCGAUAGAUAUUUUUCUACUUAGAGGAUUAAUCACAGCUUUGGGAAGAAGUUCUUUGUGGUCUAAAGCUAGGACCUAUUACAAAAGUGCUUUAUCAUUGGGUUGCUACCCACCACUGCAGGGAAAUUUAUAUCACAGAAUUUUGACGAUUCCAUCUUCCCUGUCUGAAGUUGAGAUGCUGUUGGCCAUUGAAAUAUUUCUUGUUUCAAAUGCCAGUGUUAUUCAGAGUCCAAUGGCUAUUAGUCAGACUCUUCAGAUAAUACUGAAAAGAUGUGAAGAUCAGACAGUUCAGGGUAACAGUGACUAUCAAGCAGCAGUGGAGAGACUGAUCCUGGCGGCUCGUUUAUCGGAUCCAAAGCUUUUUCUUAAGCAUAUGACAAUGAAUGUUAAUAUGGAAGAAGUUUACAGCUUGGAGCUUAUAUCUGCUCUAAGGUGGCUUCAGGAGAAUAUGAAGUGGGCUGGGAAAGUCUGGCUGUUUCAGUAGUCAUUAAAUAGUAAAGACUUGGUUUGUAAUGGCUAAAGCAAUCAUUGUUGAAAAUAAUGCAAAUUAAUAAAGGCAGUUCCCACUGGGUUCAGACUGUGCCUUACUGAUUUACAGCAAGGCUUCAUACUCGU